UCUGAAAUAAUAUAUGUAAUAGGAUCCAAUAAACAAAAAAGUUUAUUAUAAAGAAGUAUGUUCUCUGAAACAUUAAAAUUCAAGAAUUUUAGAAGCGAAAUAUCUUUAUGAUAAUUAAUAAAUAAUCAGUAUAGGAAAGAAUGAUCAUUUUAUUAAAUAUGAAUAGUAAAAUAAAGAGUGGGGAUUUGGUGGGAUUAUAUUAGAAAAUUAAUAAUUAUAAUGUUGUACUUUUAGUUAAGAGGAGAAUAGUUUUAUUUAUGCACAUUAGAAAGGAUAAAUAGAUCAAUUAAUUUAUAAUAAAGAAUAAGAGAGAUGGGUAAGUAAAACAAUAAGAGAAUCUGAAGGGAAUCAAAUACUUGAAAUAUAAUUAAAUAGUACAUCAAAAAAGAUGGUGUAAUGUUUAUAUGAUUUUGCAGUAGUAUUAGAGAAAUAGAACUAAGAAUGGAGGGAGAUUUGUUCAUUGAAUGAGAAUUUUACAGAAGAUGAAUGUAUAUUUUCAACAAGUGUAAGUUUUAAUAGAGAUUCUUCAGAGAUAGCAAUUGGUUUUACAGAUGGUCAUAUAUCAAUUUGGAAAUAAAUAAAUAAUGAAGAAUGGUUAAUUAGUGAGAAAUUGGAAUUGCAUACAGGUUAAAUAACAAAAGUGAGAUUUAAUAGUUAAAAAGAUAUUUUAGUAAGUAGUGAUGAUAAAGGUAAGAUUGUAAUAUGGGAGAGAAAUGAAUAGACGAGAAAGUAUGAAAUAUAGUGUCAAUAUGAAGGUGAUAAUAAAAUAGAGAUUAUAUAUUGGAAUAUGGAUUCAAAUAUUGUAAUAAUAGGAUCCGGUUCAUAAGUGAGAAUAUUAAAAAGGUAGAAGGAUAAGAAAUGGAUGUUUAUGUAAACAAUAGAAGUGAAGUAGAUAGUUUCAUGUAUUGAUAUAUCUAAGGAUAAUAAAUAAUUGUUGAUAGGAUAGAAUGAUGGAUUGAUAAGUAUAUAUGAAUAUAUUGGUUAAUGAUAUAAAU